AUGGAGGAGGGCGGCCGGAGCCCCCGGGAGGAGGCGGCCGAGCCGCAGGAGUCCGGCGGCGACGCGGAGCCCGGCGGCGGCGGCGGGCGGCGGGGGCUGCUGCUCCCCCCCGGUGACCCCCCGCACCCCCACCCGCACCCGCACCGCAUCACCAACUUCUUCAUCGACAACAUCCUGCGGCCCGAGUUCGGGCGGAGGAAGGAGGCGGGCGGCCCCGACGGAGAGCCCCGGCGGCCCGGCGCGGAGAGCCGCCGCAGCCCCGCCGCGGCGCCGGCCCCCGGGGCUCCGCUGCCCGGCGGCGGGGCGGGCUCGCCGGGCCGGGGGGAGGGCGGCCCCGCCGGGCUGGCCCUGCACGGCGCCGCCAAGAAGGGGGGGGACCCCGCGGCGCUGGAGGCGGCCCUGAAGGCGCGGGGAUUGAGUGGCGGCGACCUGUCGGUGAGCUCGGACUCGGAUAGCUCCCAGGCCAGCUCCAACGCCGGGAACCAGCCCAUGCUGUGGCCCGCCUGGGUGUACUGCACGCGGUACUCGGACCGGCCCUCCUCAGGUCCCCGCUCCCGCAAACCAAAGAAGAAGAACCCCAACAAGGAGGACAAGCGGCCUCGCACCGCCUUCACCGCCGAGCAGCUGCAGAGACUCAAGGCCGAGUUCCAGACGAACCGGUACCUGACGGAGCAGCGGCGGCAGAGCCUGGCCCAGGAGCUCGGGCUCAACGAGUCCCAGAUCAAAAUCUGGUUCCAGAACAAACGAGCCAAGAUCAAGAAGGCGACGGGCAGUAAGAACUCCCUGGCAGUGCACCUCAUGGCCCAGGGGCUCUACAACCACUCCACCACGGCGAAAGACGGCAAGUCGGACAGUGAAUAGCCAAGGGAAAGGGGGGUGGGAGG